GGUGGGGAAUCUAUGAGCAGCCGGGAUAAGGCAGCCUGUUCCGGGAGAGCGCCGCCCAGGAUGGAGGUUUACCUAUGGGCUCUGUCCUUACUGCUCUGUCUGGUGUUACCGAGCGGAGCUACAGCCUCUGUCUGCAGGCUGAAGACUGCAGAUGGCAGAGAGUCAGAAAAUUGUGGAACAAACCUUGAACUAGAACAUUCAUUUGAACUUGAUGACAGCAUUAACUUCAAAAAGAGAGGAUCAUUACUCUGGAGUCCAACUGCAGAACAGAGCAUCUCCAUUUUACAGAAACAACUCAAUGAAGAUGAAAGAAAUAAACUAAGAGAUAUUGCAAAUUUAAAUGGGUUUUAUCGAAUCAGGAUUCCAAGGAGGCUUGGCAUUACAGAAGAAUCCAGUGAAUACGUUACAUCAUUUGUCCGUGCUUGUUCUUUGGUGGAAUCUCACCUAUCAGACCAAAUCACUGUACACACAGACAUUUCAGGAAAUGUUAUUGGAGUUUCAAUAGUGACCAUUCCUGGAUCUUGUAGCGGCGCAGAGGUGGAAGAUGUGGAUCUUGAGUUGUUUAACACCACAGUUCAUAUUCAGCAGCCAGUUCCUGCUGCCGUACCCGAAACUGCUGCAUUUAUUGAACGCUUAGAGAUGGAACAAGCUCAAAAAGCAAAGAAUCCACAAGAGCAGAAGUCAUUUUUUGCUAAAUACUGGAUGUACAUUAUUCCAGUUGUUCUGUUCUUGAUGAUGUCUGGGGCUUCAGAUGCUGGCAACCAAGGAGGAGGCGGGGGUGGAGGAAGAUGAUCCAAUUUAGACCAACCCCUGAUAUCUCCAUCUGCAUACUGCCAGACAACAUUGAACACCUGCCUCCUAAAUCAACGAUUACAACCCUUGGCACAGCCACACGAUUUUUGGAAAUGUAAUUCACAAAUAUCCGCAGUGCCAAUAUUGGACAUAACAGUCCUAAGUGGUUACUGCAAGUACAUAUGGGCUGUGGGAGCCUAUGGGUUGGACAAUACUACUGUAUAGGCAGCUUGUCUUAAUUUAUUAACUGUCUGUGAUCAUCUUCUGAUGUUUGUCUGAGUCAUGUGUGACUGUCAUAGAAAUUUAAAUUGUACUCUGUAAUUGGUUUACAGCAGCUACACCACUACCUUUUUAUAUCAUACCAUAGAGCAGGGGUAGAUGACCUUCAGCACUCCAGAUGUUGUGGAAUGCAUUAUGGGUUGAAGAGCCUUAUGGGAGGAGAAGUCCAAAACAUCAGGAGUGACAAAGGUAGCCUAACCCUGCCAUAGAGGGAAAGGAUCCCUGUUUCAGUGCAUUUUGUUUAAUCACUGUUAGUUUGAUGAACCAGUCUGUGGCAGAGUAUCCUUCCUGCCCGUUUUUUCUAAUGCAUUAUGAGGUAAUCUAUUAAUAAUAAAAAAAAAUAUAUAUAAUUUAUUCCCCAUUAAAGAUGAAGAGUCCUCAUUUACUGCAAAUCCCAGUAGCUGCAGCCUUUUCAGUGCCAUCUGUUAAACAAUACUUCAAAGGUAUUCUUUAUCAGCAGUUACUGAAACACAUUUAUAGAAAAUACCAAUAUGCAGAAUAGAAAAACCAUUUACGGCCAAUGUGCUUCUUAUAUUGUCUAGAACCAGUUUUGUUUUCGCACUGCAGUUUCAUACCCUGCUUGCAAUUUCAUUGGUAGCAAAUGCAUGAAUGUGGUGCACAAUUUCUAAAUCCUUUCUAAGAACUAGUGCAGAAAUUGAAUAAAUUGAAUCAUUUGGAGCUUU